AUGUUUCAUAUUGCUCAACAGCCUGCUAAAAUCCCCCAGGUUCUAAUUGAGCCGCCAAAUAUACUACAAAGUCAUGAUCCAACUCUCUUAAAACGAGCCACCUUCGAUAACACUUGUACAAAUGACGACAAAGCUACUAUAAGUCUAGCAGCUACGAACCUUGCUCAACACGGAGCCGACGCUGCGAAAAACAACGAAGAAAAAGUACUCUUGUACUUUAAAACCAGCAAUUCUAGGAGUAUACGUACUAUUGUGAAGACUUUCGACAAAGCCUACUUUAAAUGCAAUAUUUCCAGCGGCGAGGGUAUCAUCGCUUGUUAUGAUAAUUGGAAGGCUUGCUCAGAGGGAACUAUGGCUUAUACAAUCCAACAGAAGAAGUAG